UCUUCAAAUACUAGUCUUGAAACAGGUUGAAGGAAGCUAAGACAAAAUGAAAUUCUUAAUCGUAGCGUGCUUGAUCGUCUCCGCCUAUGCGGCAACUGACGAUGUUUCAGCACCAAUCGUGAAGAGUGACUUCAACAGCAGCCCAGAUGGAGGGUUCCAGUUUGCUUAUGAAACUGGCAACGGCAUCUCUGCACAUGCUGAAGGACAUUUAAAGUCUGUUGGCUCGGAUGAAGUUCUGGAAAUUCAAGGUUCUAGUCAGUACCAGUCACCAGAAGGAGAAAUCAUCCAGUUGAGUUAUGUUGCCAAUGAGUUAGGCUACCAACCACAGGGUGCACAUUUACCUACACCCCCACCUACGGAACCAAUUCCAGAUUACAUUCUAAGGUCUCUAGAGUGGAUCGCAGCUCAUCCUUAUCAAGAAAAGAAAGUUUAAGUUUAAAUAAUGUAUCGUGACGUCCAAACAAGGUUAAAGGUUGUAUAAAGCGCCAAAAAAAUGUAGACUCGUGCGCAAAUCGCGGCAUGAAUUCAAGGCAAUUAGCGCAUGAGUCUAUUUGGGGCUUAAAACUAACAUUUACUGAAAUGUUUAGGUACUUGUACAUAUCUAUUCACUA